AUGAACAAAAACAAACAAUUCUCUCCAUUUUUCUCAUAUUUGAAAUCGACCGAACAAAAACCUAUUCUACUCAUUCCAAUUGCAACAGUUGUCACAAGUCUAUUUCAGUCGCAAAAGAUAGCAAACAUCAUUCUAUUGAAGUUUCGCUCGUAUCUCUGGCAAACAUCCUUAUCAUAUGCUAUAACCAUUGCGAAUACUAAAAAUAUCUAA